AUGGCUUCAUCGACCUCCCAGCCCCAAGCAGACACCCUCAUCCGCGCCGGCACAAUCGAAACACUCCAACCCGGCAUGCCACCACAGCGCUCCAUAGCCCUCCUCUCAGGCCGCAUCAUCGCACUCUCCGAGGACCCAUCCGGCUUAGACGACUUCAUCGGCAGCGAAACCCAGAUCAUCGACGUGCCAGACUCCACAGUCCUCCCCGCAUUCACAGAUACGCAUACCCAUCUGAUUCUCGCCGGAUUGACCUACUUCGACGUGCCGGUCAAUGACGUAAAGAGCUUAGACGAACUGUUCGCAAGAUUGAAGAAGCGGGCGAGCGAGACGAAAGAGGGGGAGUGGAUUUGUACGGCGACGGAUUGGUUGGAGUAUAAUAUCAAGGAGCAGAGACUGCCGACGCUGAAGGAACUCGAUGCCGUGUCUACCAAACAUCCCAUCAUGGUGAUGCGCGGUGGUCACAAUGUAGUAGUCAACUCGGUCGUCGCGAACCUGCUAAACGUAACCUCCUCCACCCCCUCACCACCGGGCGGCCUCAUUGGAAAAGAAGCAGACGGAAGUCUGUCCGGUCUAUUUCAAGACUCAGCCACCAUCCCCAUCCUGAAACUAAAACCCUCCGCCACCCUCUCCGAACGCAUCUGCGGUCUAGAAGCCGCAAGCCGCGCCUACGCCUUAACAGGCACAUCCAGCGUCCGCGACUGCUACGUCCCGCUCGCCGACCUAGACGCCCUCAUCGCCACUUACUCCGCCGGAAAACUUGCCGUGCGCGUCCACGCCUUGAUACCCGCCGUAGGCAUGACUACCGCCCCACAAGUCGAGACCCUCCUCUCCAAAAUGGAAUCAUACCGGCACCUGCAAACGGACCCCUACCUCUCCGUCUGGGGCGUCAAAUUCAUGGUCGACGGCGGCAUGGAAGCAGGCGCUGUUUCUGAACCUUUCCUCAAGAUACCCCCCGGCCGCGAAAAAGACGCAGAUUGCAAUUGCUGCGGCCUCCCUUCCUACCACGGUGUGCUCACGUGGGAGAAACAGGCGCUCGUCGAAGCCAUGACCGCCGUUGUGCGUCGCGGAUGGAAAAUAGGAACACAUGCGUAUGGCGACCGUGCUGUGAAAUUGGUACUGGAUGUAUACGAAGAACUCAUGCACCGGUUUUCUUACUUACAGCCUGGGACUCUGGUUAUGGAACAUGGGGGUUUGGUGUCGCCGAGUGAGCAGAAACGUGCUGUGGGGCUGGGUAUUGCGACAACGAUCCAACAUCCGCUUCUUCACAACGCAGCGGGCGUACAAGAAGUAUACUGGGGCCGCGACCGCGUAUCCCGCACCUUCCCCGCGCGGAUGUGGUUAGAUGCUGGUGCGCUGAUAGCGGGCGGGAGCGACUAUCCUGUUGGGAGUUUUGCGGCUAUGCGGUCGGUUUGGGGGAUGGCGUCAAGAGAGACUGUGGUUGGGGUUAGGGGGGUUGAGCAAGCGAUUACUGUGCACGAAGCGGUUGCGUUGCAUACUACUAAGGCGGCGGAGCUGCUGAGGGAGGAGGGGGAGAGGGGACGGCUUUUACCGGGGUUUGUGGCGGAUUUGGCGGUUUGGGGGGUUAAUCCGCUGGGGGUGGGGGAUUUGGAGGUGUUGAGGGAUUUGAUGCCUAGUCAUGUUUCCGUUGGGAAGAAUUUCAGAGCGAUUUAG